AUGCAGUGCUACACCGAGCUUCUCCCCCCCACCGCCGUCACUCACGCCGUGUCCCUACCCUUUCUUUCGGCUAACUCCAACAACCUGAUCGUCGCCAAGACAUCCCUCCUCCAGGUCUUUGAGGUCAGAGAUGCACACAAUACCAGCAAUGGCAAUGCAACACAAUCCAAGCUCUCCCUCAUCGGCGAGUACCCUCUCUCUGGCACGGUGACAUCUCUACGCUCCAUCGCUCUCUCCACUACAGCAAGCGGUGGACAUGCACUCCUUGUCGGCCUCAAAGAUGCCAAAAUCAGCUUGGUAGAAUGGGAUCCUGAGAAUCACCGCAUCAGCACCAUCAGCAUACAUUACUACGAAGGAGACAAUGUCUCGCUACCGCCUUUCGGCCCGAGUCUGAAGGAUUGCGAAAGCAGUCUGACUGUCGACCCGAGCUCAAGGUGUGCGGCGUUGAGGUUUGGGCAGAGGCAUCUCGCUAUCCUGCCUUUUCGACAACAUGGCGAUGACUUGGCUGAGGAGGAGAGGGAGGAUGGCUUCGACGCUGAUAUGGGAGAUGCUGCUGCUGACGGACUGAAGAGGACAACAACCAAUGGCAUAGAAAUCAAUGGCGAUGCUAAACUCACCCCUUACAAGGCGUCUUUCGUAACGCCUCUGACAACUUUGGAUCCGUCCUUGACACAUCCAGUCGACCUGGCGUUCUUGCACGAGUACCGCGAACCCACCUUCGGCAUCCUCUCAGCUUCUCAACAGCCCUCUCAGGCAUUGCUGGACCAGAGGAAAGAUUGUCUAAGCUAUCAAGUCUUCACCCUCGAUCUCGAACAGCGCGCUUCUACCAACCUCAUAUCUGUUCCAAAACUGCCUUCAGAUCUGUGGAAAGUGGUCCCGCUCGCACUACCCGUAGGCGGAGCACUGCUUGUUGGCACUAACGAGUUCGUGCAUAUCGAUCAGAAUGGCAAGGCAAAUGCUGUGGCUGUCAAUGAGUUUGCGAAGAGGGCUAGCGGCUUCGCUAUGACUGAUCAAUCGGACUUGCAGCUGAAAUUAGAAGACUGCGAGCUUGAGACUCUGGACACGAAGAAUGGCGACCUGCUGAUCGUGCUCCAUGAUGGCUCGCUGGCUGUUUUGAACUUCAGGCUCACCGGCCGAAAUAUCGGCGGCUUAUUGGUCACACGCGUGAGCAGCGCAAGAGGUGGGUCAGUCAAUGCUAGUGCGCCUUCGUGUCUUGUAUCGCUUGACGGGCAAAAGCUUUUUAUCGGCAGCGAAGACGGGAAUUCGUCAUUGCUCAGCUGGGACAAGGACGCACCUUCAACUAGUCGAAAGCGUUCGCACGCCCAGAUGCUGGACCAACAAACCUCAGCUCCUGCUCCCGAGGACGCGGAUGAAGCGGAAGAAGUUGACGAGGAUGAUCUGUACGCGCCUACUGCCGAAGCUGUCAAGAGGACCGUCGCGGUCUCCUCGCAGACGGCGGCAGAUUCGGCGGCGGCUUACCGCUUUGAGCUGCACGAUGAGCUACAAUCGCUCGGACCAAUCAACGACACAUGUCUAGGACGCUCGCCGGAUGCUGCACCUGAUAAGCUCGAGCUCGUCGCUGCAGUAGGAAGAGGCAAAGCCAGCCGGCUAGCUUUCAUGCAUCGCGAUAUCCUCCCGACCAAAGUUCGCAGCAGAGACGAACUACUGGGUGCUCGGAACAUCUGGAGCGUCCGCGCUCACAGCAAGGAUUCUGCCACGGAGGCAGAUGAGCAUGACACGCACCUUUUCGUCUCCGAUCCCACAUCUACACGAGUCUACACGUAUGCGCCGGACGGUGAUCUGAAGGAGUUAACGGACACCGAUUUUGACUCGGAAGGGCCGACUCUUGCUGUCGCCGCAUUGGCACAUGGCACCAUGUUCCUGCAAUGCCGAGCUACAGAAAUCCGAACGUACGAUCGAGAGCUUGGUCUUAGUCAGAUCAUUCCCUUGAUUGACGAUGAAGACGAUGGUGGCGAGGCGCAAGACUUGUUGACGCCUGUGGCCGUGGACGUCUGCGAUCCUUACGUACUUGUUCUGCGAGAAGGUGGAGGGGUAGUCGUGCUGAAGGCUGAGGAGAAGCAGGGAGAAGUGGAGAUGCUUGAUAUCCCUGCUCAGGUGGAGGAAAAGACGUGGAUUGGUGGAUGUCUUUACUCGGGACCGCUGACUGCGGACACGCCGACAAUGUGGUUACUGGAUGGCGAGACCAUGGCUUUGCAUGUGUUCGCGUUGCCCUCUUUCGAGCGGGUAAUGGUGGCAGCCGGCUUACCUUUCCUGCCGCCUGUUUUGACCCCGGAUGCGCCCUUGAGACGAGGUGCGAAGGCGACUUUGACGGAGAUCCUGGUAGCUGAUCUGGGGAAUGAAGGGGUUAGCCGACCUUUUCUUGUCUUAAGAACGGCUAUGGAUGAACUUGUGUUCUACGAACCAUUCUAUUACGACUCCGAGGCCGCGGCAGUCGUUGAGGAGGGAAAACAAGCAGGCUUCGGGAACCUCAGGUUCCGAAAGGUGCCUAAUACCUACGUUCCCACAUACGACGACGAAGCGGAGGCGGACGAGGAUGGGGACGUUGCGACGCGUCCGCAGUCAUUACGCGCCAUGUGUGUUGGUGGACGACAUGUCGUAUAUGUGCCCGGUGGCAGAUCGCCAAGCUUUAUCAUUAAGGAUCCCGGCAGUUUGCCGAAAGUACUGGGCUUACGAUUACCACCAGAAGUCAAGGCUCUGCAAACUCUAGCUCCACUGAGCGCACCGGGCUGCGAACAAGGUUUCGCACUUGUAGAGCGCGGCGGGAAUGGUGUGCAAGAGUGCUUGUUUCCUGCUCGUGCGACUUUCGAGACGGGCUGGAGUGUUGAGAAGAUGGCUGUUACAGAUGGCGCGUCCCAGGAGCCGAGGGAAGUGAGAAGGGUUGGCUAUCAUGAGGGUAGAGGUCUGUAUGUCGUCGCGUCCUGUCGAGAUGUCGAUUGGAUUGAAGGCGGUGGGCAAGAGGAAGAGGUGGAGGAUGGGGAGGUCGGUAGGGUGGUUGACGACAUCUCUCUACGACCACAACUACCACACUAUACCCUCCACCUGCUCUCCUCUCGCAACCACGCCACAAUACAGACCCUCGGCCUCCCCUACCUGGACACCCUCACCGCCCUCAAGAUCCUGCCCAUCGAAAUUUCCGAACGCACACACGAACAGCGCUCGCUCAUCGUAGCCACUACCGCCUCAAUCCGAGGCCAAGACACCCCCGCCCUCGGCGCAGUAACAGUCUUCGACCUCAUCGACGUCGUGCCCGAUCCCGAUAUCGAAGAAAGUGGCGUCCAGAUGCACCUGCUGUCCCGUGAAGAGACCAAGGGCGCCGUCACAGCACUAGAAGGUCUGGGUGGGGGAUUCAUAGGCACAGCGCAAGGCAUGAAACUUAUGGUUAGAGGCCUCAAGGAGGAUGGUUCAUGCUUGCCUGUAGCUUUUCUGGAUGCGCAGCAGAGUUUUGUUACGACGUUGAAGUGUCUGGGUAGUUCGGGACUUUGGCUUGCGGGGGAUGCUAAGAAGGGUGUUUGGAUUGGUGGGUGGACGCAGGAGCCGUAUAGACUUUCUAUCCUUGGCCGAGGCGGGUCUGGUGUUGAGGUCCUAGAUGCGGACUUCUUGCCUAUGGGCGGCGCGCUAGGCGUGAUCGUCGCUGAUGGGGAUGGUGCUCUGCAUUGUCUGCAGUAUGAUCCCGAAGAUCCCGCCACCGGUCAUGGACAACGGCUUCUGGAUCGUGCGGCUUUUGAUACGGGACAUGUGGUCACGCUGGCAGGCAUGAUGCUACUACCAUCGACACUGUCGCCUUUCGCCGAGCAAGCCGAGGAUCUUGCUGCUGCGCGACCAUUGACGAACGGCAAUGCCGAUGGUACGAACGGCGAGGCUAAGCCGCCAUCUCAGCCUCAACACCAUCGACUCAAUCAUGUCUUACUCCCGACACUUUCUGGCUCCAUCGGCCUCCUGACACCGAUCACGGAUGAAGCCACCUACCGCCGUCUCUCUGCCUUGCAGACCCAACUCACCAACCUACUCGAACACGCCGCAGGUCUUAAUCCUCGCGCCUACCGGGCUGUAGAUACCCUUGCCACACCAGCGGUUGGUAGUCGUGGGGUCUUGGAUGGGAGUCUAGUGCAGAGAAUCAGUGAACUAGGAGCUACAAGGAGGGCAGAAGUGCUCGGACGUGCGGGUACGGAUUCGUGGGCGCUGAGGAGCGAUCUUGAAGUCAUUUCUGGUGGUGGAUUGGGAUAUUUGUGA